AUGAGUGAAUCUCAUCUAAUGGCAGCUCUGACUUGCUCUGCAGCUUCACCCAUUGGCAAGAAGAAGGUUAUCUUUAUAAUGGGUGCAACUGGCACAGGAAAAACUAAGCUUUCCAUCAACUUGGCCACAAAAUUCCCCUCCGAAAUCAUCAACUCUGACAAAAUCCAAGUCUACAAAGGCUUUGACAUCAUCACCAACAAAGUGUCAGAGUCUGAACGUUGUGCCAUUCCCCAUCACCUGUUAGGCAUCAUCGAUGACCCUGAUUAUGACUUCACUGUUGAUGACUUUUGCAAGAGUGUUCUUGUUGCUCUUGAUCUCAUCAUCAAAAAUGGAAGCCUUCCCAUCAUCGUUGGAGGCUCAAACACUUACCUCACAACACUGCUUCAAGACCCCAACAUUGCAUUUCGUUCCAAAUAUGAUUGUUGUUUCAUUUGGCUUGACGUGUCUUUACCCGUGUUGUUUCAGUAUUUAGAUAAGAGAGUGGAUGAAAUGCUUGAUGCAGGUGUUGUUGAUGAGAUUCGAGAAGCUUUUACUCCUGUAGCAGAUUACUCUCGAGGGGUUAGAAGAGCCAUUGGGGUUCCUGAGCUGGGGGAAUAUUUGCUUGUAGAGAAGGAAAUAAAUGAUGAGGCUCAAAAGGAGAAGAUGCUACAACAUGCCAUUGUGAGAACCAAAGAGAACACUCGUAAGUUGGCUGAGAUGCAACUCUUGAAGAUCCAUAAGAUGAACUAUGAACUUGGGUGGAGAAUGACUAAAAUUGAUUCCACACAAGUCUUGGAAGCUGUUUUAAAGGGAAUGGAUUAUAAGUACUUGUACCAAGAGAUUGUGUUCAAACCAAGCAUUGACAUAGUGGAAACAUUUCUGAAACAAGGAGGGACACCGCACCAAAAUGACCAACAACUCAUUUUUUGUGCUUCCAAAAUCCUUCAAUUUGACUAGCUAGGGACCAACUUAGUGCAGUUAAUAAUAAAUAAAUGGAGGAAAAAUAUAAAAACAAUAUUAUGUAUAAAUAAUUUUUUCCUCUCAAUGUAAAACUACAUGCUCAUGUUAAUGAGUAAUAUCAUAAAUAA